ACCGCGAUCGUCAUCAAAUUCAGUGAACCCGCAAGCGAGAAAAAUGGAAUCCUAACCAAUUUCUGAUAAAUAACAAGCAACACUUGUUUACCAGUUCUACCAGUGAUAAUAAGCUUCAAUAUUCAUUGUGCAGCGUAAAAUGAGCUCUCAACAAAGUCCAGCGUCUUUGCAAUCGUCGGUUGAUCGUGAAAAAGUAUAUACUUGGAUCAUUGAACUAUCAAAUCCGGAGACUCGUGAAAAUGCACUUCUAGAGUUAAGUAAAAAACGAGAGGUCGUGCCAGAUUUGGCACCGAUGCUGUGGCACUCGUUUGGCACAGCUGCCUCAUUGUUACAAGAGAUUAUUAAUAUUUAUCCAGCUAUCAAUCCAGCUACUUUGACUGCUCAUCAAAGCAAUCGAGUUUGUAACGCCCUAGCGUUACUCCAGUGUGUCGCUAGUCAUCCAGACACUAGAUCAGCAUUUCUUCAGGCCCACGUUCCUCUUUUCCUCUACCCCUUUCUCCACACAGUCAGCAAAACACGACCGUUCGAGUACCUGCGUCUCACUAGUCUCGGGGUUAUUGGUGCAUUGGUGAAGACAGAUGAACAAGAAGUGAUAACAUUUCUCCUGACGACAGAAAUAAUUCCUCUCUGUCUCCGAAUAAUGGAGAGUGGAUCCGAGCUUAGUAAGACUGUAGCUACGUUCAUUCUUCAGAAAAUAUUACUGGACGACAGUGGUCUGUCAUACAUCUGUCAGACAUAUGAUAGAUUCAGCCAUGUUGCCAUGAUUCUGGGAAAAAUGGUGCUGUCACUUGCCAAAGAUCCUUCAGCGAGGCUUCUCAAACAUGUUGUGAGGUGUUAUUUACGACUGUCUGACAAUCCUAGAGCUCUCUUGGCUCUUCGACAAUGUCUCCCAGACCAGCUCCGAGACAAUACGUUCGCAGCAUGUCUCCAAGAAGAUAAAUCGACAAAGCACUGGUUGAAUCAAUUGCUGAAGAACUUGGAGACAGGCCCACAGCAAGGCCCCCCAACCCAACCAGGCCAGCCUGAUCCUAGGGCCAUUGGGAUGUCACCUCUCACAUCCUAAUACAAUUUUUUCGAAUGGAAAAGCCUCUAGGCAGGCCUCCACGAUUUAUCAGAAUGAAAAGAUAAACAUGAUUUAAAUAGUACAAAGGGUACGAUAAACUGUCACAUUAGUCAGGUACUAGGAACAAUCGAAUUAAUACCUGAAUGACAUCUCAGAUAUGAAGAGUAUGAAAUAUUAUAAGGCAGCCUUGUGAUUUUGAUACUGGCUCUGGUAGAUUAAUAUGACGUUUCUGAUUAGUAAUGUAAAGAUUCGAUAACUGUAAUAUUCGAGGAUGAGGAUGGAUACAUAGAUGCAUCGACAAAAUGAUUAUAGAGUUGUAAUUAAUGUCUGGAACGUUAUAUUCGUGUAUAUACUGAAUGGAGUGAUGAAGACCGAAGAUGAAAAUGAGAUAACUUCGGCUGAAAAGAUGUACAUAAAUUAAAAAUAGGCAGAAAUUAAUUGCCAUUAUUUUUUUGCCUCUUGAAUACAUCUGUACAUUGAAGACGACCUCCAGAUAAAUUGUUUUUCUCUUCUGCCAAAUGAUAAAUACCGGAUUGUAAUUAAAAAUAUUAAAUUAAUUACGUAUUUCAUGACCUCGUGGCUAUCAGUAUACAAUGGGGGUUAAUAUUAUCUUUACAAUAUUUUGUAUGUUUUAUCGAAUUUAGUAUUUAGCAUCGUGUACCGGUAAUUAAUUACUAUUAAACUGACUUUGUAUUUAUAAGAGAAUUAUGUAUUUUUUCAUUACUUCUUAAGUUUUUUGCUGUUACCGAGUGCAUUGCUGAUGAGUUCUUGGUAUUUGAAUGAAUGAAAUUUCAAUUGUCGGAAGUGGAAUGCAAUAAAUUGAGGAAAAACUAUAAAAUUGUUUGAUUUAUUGACCGCUUUCAAUUUUUUGCGUGUAAAAUAGUUUUGUAUAGUUAAAAAAAAAUUCUGAACGCAAAGUCUGUAAAAACUGAAGGGAAUGAAUAACAAAUAAAUAAUACUGCGUUUAAA